CGGGACUAUAAAUAAGCCCGAAACUGGUGUCUGAGUUUCUCACACAACACGUUAAUUUUAUCUUCACUCUUCUUCAGAUCUCAAAUUUCAUUUCUCGCUCACAUCGAUUUCUCCUCCUCCUCCAUGGCCGCUAUUACUUCCAUCAAGGCUCGUCAGAUCUUCGACAGCCGUGGCAAUCCAACCGUCGAGGUUGAUAUAACUGUCUCCGAUGGCACUUUCGCUAGAGCCGCUGUUCCUAGCGGUGCAUCCACUGGUAUUUACGAGGCUCUUGAGUUGAGAGAUGGAGGAUCUGACUAUCUUGGAAAAGGUGUAUCAAAGGCUGUUGACAAUGUGAACACCAUCAUUGCCCCAGCAUUGAUCGGCAAGGACCCAACUAAGCAGACUGAGAUUGACAACUUCAUGGUUCAGCAGCUCGAUGGAACUGUUAAUGAGUGGGGUUGGUGUAAACAGAAGCUUGGGGCAAAUGCCAUAUUGGCAGUGUCUCUUGCAGUCUGCAAAGCUGGUGCUGGAGUCCUAAAAACCCCUCUUUACAAGCAUAUUGCAAACAUUGCAGGCAACAAGAAUUUGGUUUUGCCUGUUCCAGCUUUCAAUGUCAUUAAUGGUGGAUCACAUGCAGGAAACAAGCUUGCCAUGCAGGAGUUUAUGGUUCUUCCUGUGGGAGCCUCCUCUUUCAAGGAAGCCAUGAAGAUGGGUGUGGAAGUCUAUCACCAUUUGAAGGCUGUGAUUAAGAAGAAAUAUGGUCAAGAUGCAAUCAAUGUUGGUGACGAAGGUGGUUUUGCCCCUAACAUUCAGGAGAACAAAGAAGGUUUGGAGUUGCUAAAAUCUGCCAUUGACAAAGCCGGAUACACUGGCAAAGUUGUCAUUGGAAUGGAUGUUGCAGCUUCCGAGUUCUACAAGGAAGACAAGUCAUAUGAUUUGAACUUCAAGGAAGAUAACAACGACGGCUCACAGAAGAUCUCAGGAGAGGCUUUGAAAGAUCUCUACAAGUCAUUUGUGUCAGAGUACCCAAUUGUUUCAAUUGAGGAUCCUUUUGACCAGGAUGACUGGGAGCACUAUGCCAAGAUGACUGGUGAGAUUGGAACCAAUGUGCAAAUUGUUGGUGAUGAUCUCUUGGUUACCAACCCCAAGAGGGUUCAGAAGGCAAUUGACUCAAAAGCAUGCAAUGCUCUUCUUCUCAAGGUGAACCAAAUUGGAUCAGUGACUGAAAGUAUUGAAGCCGUGAGGAUGUCCAAAAAGGCUGGAUGGGGUGUCAUGACCAGCCACCGAAGUGGAGAGACUGAGGAUACCUUCAUUGCUGAUCUUGCUGUUGGUUUGUCAACGGGUCAAAUUAAGACCGGAGCUCCAUGCAGGUCAGAGCGUCUAGCUAAGUAUAACCAGCUCUUGAGAAUUGAGGAGGAGCUCGGUGCUGAAGCAGUGUAUGCUGGAGUUAACUUCCGUACUCCUGUUGAGCCCUACUAAAAAGGUUUUGAAAGGGGAAAAACCAGAUAUCCAACCUGAGUUUUGAGCAAUGAGAUUUGGCUGCAGCGGGUUUUAGUUGUGAUGAAUAAACUAUAGUUAGAUUGCUAGUCAGUCUUCUUUUGAAAGACUUGAUGCCAAUAAAUUUUGACCUCUAAUUUACGGGGCUGAGAAAUUCUGCCCUGGAUUUUCAAAGUUGUUCAAUUUAUAAUGAUAUUACGAUGAUGCUUGCAGCCUA